GUGCACAAAGACCUUCUUUGCUUCUACUCGCCGUACCACGAUAGACUUCUUAACGGUCCUUUCAAGGAAGCGGGUUCAACACGGAUCAAGCUCCCUGUCACCAGCUUGGUUCUCAAGUUGUUCUCUACCUGGCUGUAUACUGGUCAAAUCAUUACGCCUUCCACGCAGGAUGCUUGCAGCGUCAACAACCCUGAGAGAAGGAUUCAAUACGACCGGCAUCACACAAAACUCGUCGAUCUGUACAUCUUUGCAGACUCCCUGAACUGCAUUGCUCUGGAGCGCGCUGCCUUUGUGCAACUCUAC